AAGAAUUUCUUUUUUAAUUCUGUGCGUGCAACUGUUGUAAAAUUUUUGAAAAUAAUGUCUAGUGAGCAAGUGAAGGAUGCAAAAUUAAUGGAAAAAGCUGUAGAUGAAUUUCAACAAUUGCGAAAUGAGCAGAGGAAUUUGAUAAAUAAUUUGAACACUUUAGAAAUGGAUCUAAAAGAACACAAGACUGUGAUAGACACACUGAAAACAGUGGAUCCAGAUCGUAAAUGCUUUCGACUUAUUGGUGGAGUAUUGUGUGAACGUACCGUAAGAGCUGUUCUGCCUCAGUUAAUAGAGAAUAAAGAUUUCAUAGAAAAAACCAUUACAAAGGUCACAGAGGAUCUAACUAAGAAGGGUCAGCAAAUCAAUAAAUACAAGGAAGAGCACAAUAUAAAAAUUCGAGGUGAACCGGUUGCUGGUGAACAGAAAUCUCAGCAGCGAGAAGAAAAAAAAUCGGAAAAUCGCAAUGUGUUAGUGUCGAAUUAAUUAAUGAUAAAUGCUAUUUCUGUAUAUUCUAAGUGAUUAAAUAAUUAAAAUUGCAAAAAUAAGAACCUGAUCAAUAUUUCUUUAGUUUGUAAAAUCAAUGUAUCUCAUUAUUAUUUAUAA